GGGGUGGGAGGGAGCGGCAAGGAGGGGGCCCGGCUCCCAGCAGGCGCAGCCGCAGAGCAUCAAAGCCGCGCCGCCACCCCGGCACUGCGCACUUGACAGCCAGUCCGCCCGCCCGUCCGGAGCCCGGCUCGCAGGAGCAGCAUGGCGGGGUCGCCGCUGCUCCGCGGGCCGCGGGCCGGGGGCGUCGGCCUUCUGGUGCUGCUGCUGUUGGGCCUCCUUCGGCUGCCCCCCGCGCUUUGCGCGCGGCCGGUAAAGGAGCCCCGCAGCCUAAGCGCGGCGCCGCCGGCCAUGGCUGAGGCCGGGCCCCCGCGCCCGCAGCUUGCCCCGGCUCCCGCGCCGGCCGCUGCGCACCGACCCCGGCCCCCAGUCUAUGACGACGGCCCCACCGGCCCAGAUACCGAGGACACCGGAGACGAGACGCCCGACGUGGACCCAGAGCUGCUGAGGUAUUUGCUGGGGCGAAUCCUCACGGGAAGCGCGGAGCCCGAAGCCGGGGCCGCCCCACGCCGCCUUCGCCGCGCCGCCGACCAGGAGCUGGGCCCGGAGGCACCCCCCGAAGGUGUUCUGGGGGCGCUGCUUCGAGUGAAACGCCUGGAGAACUCCCCGCCCCCCGCGCCAGCGCGCCGUCUCCUGCCUCCCUGAGCACCGCCUGCAUCCAGCGUGCCCCGGACCCGAGGAGCACGCCAGCCACCCGGACACCCCGCCAGCACGUCAAGACCAGCUUCCCCUUCGACCUCCAGACCCCGGCCCCUAGCCUUACAAUAACACCAUCUGAAACAGC